AUGGCAAAGUGGAAGCAUCUUCUUGAUAAUAUACCCGUCGAUCUCCCCAAAGAUAAGCCUAUCUUUAUGCUCAACCUUCUCCGUUUCUACGACCAAGCGCACUAUCCGGAAGGAAGCAAGCAUUCUCCCUGCAGUGGCCAGGAGGCCUGGGUUGUCAGAUAUGUGACUGAAUUUCGAAGACUUGCAACCGAAGCUGGGGGCUUUGAAUUGAUCUAUCUUGGGCUUCCCGCAUCAAAGAUUGUCGGUGAAGACGGAGAAAAAUGGGACGCGGUGGUGUUGGUCAAAUACACGAACAUCGACACCUUCCGCAAGACGCUCGGCAGUGACGACUACGCAGCAACCGCAGCGGAGCAUCGUGAUGCUGCGCUCAAGGAUUGGAGACUAAUUGCGUCGACCCAGGUUAUCAUUCCAGAGUGA